UGCCUCUCUGAUAACGCGUCUCUGACCGAAAUGACGUCAGUCAUGUUUAAAGAAUUCAAUCUUGCCUCAUAUGUUGAAUCAUAUCUACGAACGGCGCACGGCGCUCGCAGUUCGAGCCUCGAUAUCAGCGGUCUGAUCCAGACAGUGAAACGGAGCCCAACGGAACCCAAAGCAUUCCUCAUAUCCUUCAUAGAGGAGGCCUCUUCAAGCCUCAACUACUCACUUAUCCAUUCAUGGUUAAUUUCCGUUGCGUGGUUGAAUGAGCCACCCCAGAUGGAAAGUGGUCACCCUGAUUGGAACGCGAGUUUCUUUGAGGCCUUGUUCUUCUUCUUCUUCGUCUUCUUCUCCCUGACCUUUUUUUUCGUGCCGACUAGCUUAAGCCGGAGCCAAAUAAUCGCGGCGUGAGUUCAACCCUCCUCUUGAGUGGCCAGCCGUCCCUCGCCCAUUUUGUUGCCCCGCCCCUCGCCACGGGCCGCCUCGCUUCGGCCGUCGGUCCUCAGGGGUCCGGCGAUCCGUUCUUCCCGCCGUAAUCGCUUUGAAGUGAGUCAACAUGUCUUGGAGUGCCACGCUCAAAAGUCAAGCCGGGGGUGGUUCUGGGUCCCACGCCUCUUUGGCCGUCUCAGCCCCCAAUUCGAAUCACGGGAGUGGUGCGGGUGAUUCCGCGGGCGAUGCGGCUGGUUCGGGAACGCGUUCCUUGGGCAUGACGGCCCCGAUCUCGUUCAACAAACCCGAAGCCUCGGAUUUGAAGCGGACGCAAGACUUGAUGGAGGCCAUGAAGCCGUUCAACGUGUACGAUACCGAGGACCAGCUCAACCUUCGAAUGGAGGUCUUGGCCCAGUUGACCCGUCUGGUCAAGGAUUGGAUCCGCGACCUGAGUCUGGAGCGCAACAUGCCGCCCAGCAUAGCCAAUGGCGUGGGCGGCAGCGUGUUCACCUUCGGAUCUUAUCGCUUGGGCGUGCACAAUCGAGGGGCGGAUAUUGAUUCGUUGUGCGUGGCCCCCCGACACAUUCAUCGCGAAGACUUUUUCUCGUCAUUCAAUGAGAUCCUCAAGGCUCAUCCCGACGUGACGGAAUUGCGAGCCGUGGCCGAUGCCUUCGUGCCCGUGAUCAAGAUGCGUUUCAGCGGGAUUGAAGUGGAUUUGACCUUUGCCCGACUGGCGCUCAAGGAAGUGAGCGAGAAUCAGCCCUUGGGCGACCCGGAGAUUCUCAAGAACCUGACCGACCAGUGCGUGCGGUCUUUGAACGGUUGUCGAGUCACGGACGAGAUCCUCAAGCAGGUGCCGGACAAAGAGAAUUUUCGCACUACUCUCAGAGCCAUUAAGUUGUGGGCCAAGUGCCAUGGCGUGUACAGUAAUGUGUUGGGAUUCCUGGGCGGUGUGUCCUGGUCCAUGCUGGUGGCGCGGGUGUGUCAGCUCUAUCCUAAUGCUGAUCCGUCUACGUUAGUGCAGAAGUUUUUCCUCGUCUUUCUCAAAUGGCAAUGGCCGCAGCCUGUGUUGCUCAAGAAGCCCGAAGAGGCGGGUUUAGGCUUCCAAGUGUGGGAUCCGCGAUCCAAUGUCCAGGAUCGUUUCCACGUCAUGCCUAUCAUCACGCCGGCCUAUCCGCAGCAAAACUCAACUUAUAACGUGUGCAAAUCCACGUUGGAAGUCAUGCGUAAAGAGUUCGAGCAAUCAUUGAUCAUUUGCGAGGACGUGGUCCAAGGCAAAGUAGGCUGGGCCAAGCUUUUUGAAACGCCUAACUUCUUCGCCAAGUACCGACAUUUCAUCGUACUCGAAGCCUCCUCUGACACCGAAGAGGAUCAACUCCAAUGGCAAGGCCUGGUCGAAUCCAAAGUGCGCCACCUCAUAAACAACUUGGAACGAGAAACUAAUAUCACCUUGGCCCAUGUUUGGCCGCGACCCUAUCCCUCGCUCGAAGAGAACCGCGAAAAGCUGUGCUGCUAUUGGUUCAUUGGUUUAGUUAUCAAAACCAACCAACCCGGCGAACCGCAAAACCUCGACUUAACCACACCCAUCAAGAGCUUCACAGAAUUGAUUAUGCGCUCGUCCACCACCACCAACGUGUGGAAGAUGGGCAUGAAAGUAACUGCAGAUUACAAGAAACGCAAGCAAUUAGCCCGAUACCUGCCCGUGGAGGAGCGCACCAAGUUGAAGGCCGACAAAAAGAGUGCACCUAGCAACGCCAACAAUUCCACCACAAACUCGCCGGCCAUCAGUCGUCAAGUGAGUGAGAGCAGCAAUCUGGACCCCAUCCCCACCACUCCGGCCAAACGGAAGUCUGUUGAAUCCCGUUCGACCGAUGGUGUCAUAAGCAGUGAGGUCUCGAACGGAGCCAAUACUAUGGACUCCUCCGAUAUGAUGGUCGAAGACUCGCAAUCCAGCAUUUCCGCUUCAUCGCAAGACAAGCUUGACAAGCCGGCCCGACCUCCCAAAAGGGUCAAGUCCACACCGAGCAAUCUGGCCCCUUGCUUGAGUGCCGACGUGUCUAUGGACGGCACCUCCAAUAGCUCGACUGCGGUUGGCGCUAAUUCUAACCCUAGUAUAGUGAUUACCUCCUCAACAGACACUUCAGAGAAUGUAGUGAGUGAAAACAACGCGAAUAGCCAAGUUAUUGAGAGUAUGGAGACUUCGAGUGAAGAGCAGCCUUCCAUCAAGCGGCAGAGGUCGGCUGACACCACUUUGAGUGCAAUCAACGCCAGUCCCAAUAGCGUUGGCACCACAGCCAAUGAACAAAUGUCCACAGGCUCGACCUCGCCCGUGAGUGCGGCUCCCGGGACAUCCGCUCCCAAUGGCGUGCAAGUCUCAUAAACUCUCACCAAAUCCAUCCCAGGCAAGAAACCUUCCUCGAACAAAGAACAGACAAAAAAAAUUUGAAGUGCAAGAGAGAACGAAUAUCGAGUGGUACUAUUAUGCAGUCAGCGGUGUUGCGUGAAGUGUCAGACUCGGUCAGGGAAUAUGUGGACAAGCGCCAGCCAACCCUACCUUUGGAUAUUAGAACACUCAAUGCGAAUUCUUCAUUUUGGAGGGCACUCCUCUUGAACUACUCGCAAUCUCUCGCAGUUCCUCGUGAAUCCAAUUUCCAAUGAUGUGUUGAUGUAACUGAGAAAAACGAUCACCUUGUUGACGAAUACAAGCCGAAUGCUCUCUCCGAAACAAAAAAAAAUACGUUCCUUCCAUCUCACGAAGACGCGUUGAACUUUUUUCUUCCAGAAA